UAUGAUCCAAAAGCCUUCUUUAGAGGAUAUAUUAAAAUAAAAAUGGAGUGAUAAAUAUGAAAAAUAAAGAGCUCUAUUUCGAUCCACUUUAAAAUUCAUUCAUACAAAAUCUAUCUAACCAUUCAAAGCUUAUUUUAAUUUACAAUUAGUAAUCUUUCUUUAUUCAAUUAGAGAUUGAAAAUAAAGUGCCUACACAAAUUAGAGAUCCUGAAACAGAAUUGAUUGGAGAAUUCAAUGAGAAUGACAUUAACUUUCUUAAUGUGGAAUAAGGAGAAAUCCUGUUUCGAGUAGAUUUUUCUACAGGAGAAAUUGUCGAUGACGAAAAUAAUAUAAAUGAAAAUAAUGACAAUCCAAUACUCGUUAAUACAGCUCCAAUAUGUUCAUAUCAUUCAAUUGUUGUUCCAUUUUUGAAUUCCAAAUUUCAAUAACUUCUAAGCGGAUUUAUAGCUGAAAGUGUUUUCAUACUCUUUAAAAUAUCAUAAUCUCCACAUCUAAGAAUAGGAUAUAAUAGGUACUUAAAAUUUCUAAUAUAUUUACAUAGUAAAUUAGCUAAUUGUUCUAUCAAUCAUUUACAUUUACAUAUUAUUUAUGUGGAUCAACUUUUUGAUAAUAAUAGAUUCCCAAUUGAAGAAUUUCCCAUUAAACCUUUAGCCACUAUAAAAAAUUCAACUCUUGGAGAAGUUGAAAAUUAUCCAAUAAGAACCUUAGUAGUGAAUGGAGAAAACAUCAUAGAAUUGUUAUCAUUAGCAAUUGAUACAUUAUUGGCACUUGAAAUACCCCAUAAUAUCAUGUUUGUUAGUCCAUAAUUAGCAUACAUAUUUCCAAGAGUAUUAUAUUAUUACACUAAGAUAGAGAAACUAAUUUGAUUUCAUUCAUGAACAUGGAAUGAAACCAGCUUAUGUAGAACUUAGUGGUUUGAUGAUUUGUAGAAGUAAAAAGUAUUACGAAGAAUUAACUCUUAAAGAAAUUGAAGCCAAAUUAUCAGAAUUGACUCAUCCUCUAUUUGAUAAUGUAGUCUAAGACUUAUUGAUGUUAUCAGCUGAAUGA